AGCGGCCGCCAGUCCGAGCGCCGCGGAGCCGUCGAGAAGAAGGUCGCGGGUGUCGCCGCGUCCCCGCCGGGAUGAGCCACCGCCACAGCCAGCGCCGCGGCCCCCGGGCCGACAUGGUGCCCGAGAUCGCCGCCGCCGUGGGCUUCGUGUCCGGCCUGCUGCGGACGCGGGGCUGCGUCAGCGAGCAGCAGCUACAGGUCUUCAGCGGGGCGCUGCGGGAGGCGCUCACAGAGCACUACAGACACCACUGGUUCCCCGAGAAACCCUCCAAAGGCUCCGGCUACCGCUGCAUCCGCAUCAACCAGAGGAUGGACCCUCUGCUGAGCCGUGCAGCGGGGCAGGGGGGGCUGGCAGUGCCCCAGCUCUUGCAGCUGCUGCCCCGUGAGCUCACGCUCUGGGUGGAUCCCUACGAGGUCUCCUACAGGAUCGGCGAGGACGGCUCCAUCUGCGUCCUCUACCAGGCCUCCAAACCCCCCAGCCCCUACGGAGGGAUGCUCACCUGCAAGAACCAGAUGAUGCUGGGCCGUAGCAGCCCUUCCAAAAACUACAUCAUGACUGUCUCCAGUUGAAAAAAAAAAAAAAAAGAAAAAAAAAACCCAUAAAAAGAAAAAAAAACCAAAAAAAAAAGCCCCCACAAAACAUGACAAAAAGAAAAAAAAAAAUUUUUUUUUUUCUCCUCCUUGUCCUUACACUGCCAAGACACAGGCUACUGUAAUACCUCAAGCUGAGGAUCUAUUUUUAAGAUGAAGAGCUAUUUAUAUUUUUUAAAAAAAACCUCCAGAAAAUCCAAAAUUAAAAUUUCGGGCGCCGCUCUGAGCCGAGGCGACGCCCCAGGUGCCUUUUCUAAA